GCUAUCGCUUUGAGUCUUAACAAGCCCGUGAUCAUUGGUCGGAAUCCCAUCUCAUGGGUCGAGUCGGGCUCAGGAGGGGUCAUCGUUUCAUGUCAGGAUAUGUCAACCAACGGGAUCCAGCUCAAUGGGGUCAAGAUACAACAAUCCACCGUACUCUUGAUGCACGGCGAUCUGCUCGAGAUUACGCCAUCAAAAGUAUUCCAAUGUCUCCAUCUCUGGAAAGCGAAGGAUAAAACUAACGUAUUCGAGGCCACUCCCCCCACCCAGCCUUUAAUCGGGAAGUUCCAGGUCUCAUCUCAUUGUCUAGGGAGCGGCAGUUUCGCAACUGUUCAUCUUGCUAUGGACAUCUCUGAAAACAAACAAUACGCAUGCAAAUCGGUUAGGGUCACUAAAGCCACGAAUAUAGUCAAAGUGAAACACGAAACACGCAUCCUUUUGGCCCUGAAUCAUCCGAACAUCAAUCAAGUUGUGGCUGUUGAGGAGGAUGGCCAUUUUCUGCAUAUUUUUCUUCAGCUGUGCACAGGAGGCGACCUUUUCACCUACAUGGUCAGCCAAAGAAACCGAGAUGGUAAUGGUAGCCUGCCUGAGGGCGAAGCAAAAUAUAUCAUGUACCAGCUCCUUACGGGGCUAAAAUAUCUUCACGACAAGAUGAUAUCUCACCGGGCACUUCCACAGCCCGAGAACAUCCUCCUUUAUGCGCCAGGAUCAUACCCACGCAUCCAGAUCGCAGACUUUGGACUCGCCCGGCCAAAAGCGUAUCAAGAGACCCUCAACGUCUGCGGUACAGUCCCGUACCUUCCACCGGAGGGUAUUCUCGCACUUGAACAUAAAGACCGCGGUUACGUCGGUAUGCCGGCAGACUGUUGGAGUGCGGGGAUCGUGUUGUACAUCAUGCUCUCGUAA